AUGGGUAUUAAACGUAAAAUAGAAGAAAAUAUUGAUGAACCAGAGAAAAAAAAUAAAUUAGAUCAAAUAUUUCCAAUUGAAAUAUUUAUUAAAAAUUUAAAAGAUCCAGAAAGUAGUUUUUUAGCUUUAAGUGAAUUUAAUGAACAUGUACGUCAUUUAUCAUCACAAGAAGAAAUUGAUCAAUUGAUGGAAAAUUUUCUUCAAUAUUUAAAAUCAAAUUUAAAUGAUGUACUUGCACUUAUUACUGAAGAAAAACGUAAAUCAAGUGAGAAUAUAACACUUUAUCGUUUUCUUACAACAUUAUUGGAAUAUUUUUCAAGAAAAAAUGAUUUAAUAUUAUCGGAAACUAUUAUAAAAAAAUUUGUUUCAAUAUCAAAUUCAAUUCAUACAAUUUAUUUCAUGUUAUCAAGUCAUAGUACAGCAAGUCAUUUAAAAAUAACAUUACGCUUUUUAAUAUCUAUGAUUCAACAAAAUGAAUUUAGUGCUCGAUUAAUUUUUUCAUUAAUUGAUUUUAAACGAUUAUGUUGGAAACCAUUAUUCAAACGACGUGAUAUUCGAGAUUCUGAAGAUGUUCGUUAUUGGGUAAUAAAAUUCUUUUUAUCUCCAUUAAUUUAUCAACAUAUUGAUACAAUUAGAAACUUAAUCAAAGAACCAAAUAUUUUUCAUGAGAUUUUCAAUGGACUUGUUAAUGAUUCUCGUCAUACAAUUGAAUUUAUACUUGGUGAAAUACGUACAAAUAUUAUUAUGGUUCCAGGUGUAACAAAAACUGAUAAAAUUCAUUUAUUUGAUGAUCGGAAUUUAAAAUCACUUAUUCGAUUAUAUAAUUGGACUGGUCAACAAAAACAAAAAGAUAUAAUUAAAACAAAAAAGAAAAAUAAAUUUGAUGAAUCAUUAGAUUUUGAUGAAAUGGAAGUCAAAGAAAGUAGUGAUCGUAAUGAAGUUCGUCGAAUAAAUCAUACAUUUAUGAUGAUUAUAUUAAAUUCAAAAAAUUAUGGAAUUAAUUUUUUUGAUACAAAUUUUGGAACUUCAACAAAAAAUUCAAAUCCAAUAAUCUUUAAAGUAAUAUCAAGUCUUUCAAAUUAUUUUCUUACUGAUGAAUAUGCUGCCAAUUUGAUUGUUACUUGUUUAACAACAUGUCCUGAUCUUCUUCAAUCAUUUUUUAAACUAAUAUCACAUGAAUAUGUUAGUAUACGUUCAAAAAAUCUUUCAGGUACAUUAGAAUUUCUUUGUGAAAUAAUUCAACAACAAAAAUCACUUAAUACUUGGCAUGAAAUAUUUCAAACAAUAACAGAUUCAAUAAAAUUAACUGAUAUAUUAAUUUAUUUAACAUUACCAAUUGAUAUAAUGAAUAAAUUUGAUCAAGUCAUUUUAAAAAAUUCUGAUACAACAAUUCAAUUAGUAUCAAUGAAAUUUCUUUCGAUGGUAUUAGAAAAAAUUCAAGAAGCUUUCAAUAUGAUUAUGAAUCUUCCAUUAGCUUGUGAAAAAAUUAGUGUAGUUGAAGCUUAUCAACAAGCUAUUUUGAGAUAUAUUCCAAAACCUGAUCAUUUUUGUGAUUCAUUAAAUCUUUUAAAAACUGUUAAAUCAACAUCUGAUUAUAAUCAAUCUAUAAGUCAAUAUAUAAGUUUAUUAAAAUUAUAUUCUUCAUCAUGUUUUAUGUCAAUGUCAGCUAUGAAUAUAAAUCUUGAUAUACUUCUAUCAAAUUCUAUAUUAAAUUUAUUAGUAUUUUUUAAAGAUCUUUCUUUAGAAAAAGAUAUUAUUGAAAAUUAUUUUCAAUGUAUUAAAAAUAUUCUUAAUUAUCGUGAAUCAAUCGAUGAUGUUACUUGGGCAAGACAUAAUAAAGAACUUGAAUGUACACCAGUACGAAUGUUAUUUAAAUUAGGAAAACAAUUAAAAAAUUUCAAUAAAACUGCGGAAGAUCUUUCAUUGAUUAUUAGUAAAUUUUCUUCAAUACUAAAUAAUCAUGAUCAAGAAAUAAUCAUAUGGAUUUAUAUAUGGUUAAAAUUAGGAAUUAAUGAAAAAAUUGAACAAUUUUUAUCAAAUAUAAUUGAGAAAAUUAUUUUAAAUCCAUAUCCACUUGUUGAAAAAACAAUAAAACAAAGCGGGUAUAGUUUAAUGAUUUAUUCAGCUCUUGAUACAAUUCAACAUACUAAAGAAGAUAUUUCAAAUGAAAUUGAUGAAUAUCUAUGUCAUGUUAUAUUUCAAAUCUAUAUUGAACAAAUAAAUCAACCAUUGGAUAAAGUUCAUCAAUAUUUACGAAAAAUUUAUUUAAAAGAUAAAAAACAUAUGAAGAUUUAUCAAUUACUUAAUGUAAUUUCAUCACCAGAUAAACAAAAUCAAGUUUUAAUGGAUGAAAUAAAUAAUAUUGAAAAAUUAAUUCUUGAAAAUAUUGAUUUGGAAAAAGGUCCAGAUAAUAUGCAAAUAAAUUUAGCAAUGAAAUUAAAUAUAUUCAAAAUAUUCGCAUUACAUGAAAAUGAUAAUUCAAGAUUAAUUACUGAAAUGAUUCAAUGUUUAAAUAUUGUUCUUCUUCUUCAUGAUUCUCAUCGUUCAUUUGAAGUUCUUUUUGAUCGAACAAUUGAAUAUAUUGAAUCUUAUUCAUCAUCAAUAGAAAAUCGUCAAAUAAUUUCAUUAAUUUGUCAACUUAUUAAUGGACUUGAUAUGUCUCAUCAAACAUCAAAAUCACUUCAACAUUCGAAAAUUUUAUUAAAAUGUCUUGAAUGUGAACCAAAUAAUUAUCGUCUUAUUUAUUUUACCUCUAAUUAUUUAUCAUCAGAAUAUCGUACAGAAUUUCUUAAUAUUAUUUGUCAAACAUUUACGAAUAAUAUUGAUAUUUUAAAAAUUAUUAUUAAUGAAAUUAAAAUAAAUAAAGAAGUUAAUAAUGAACAAUUUUUAGAUACAAUUAUUGAUGGUUUAAAAGAAUUGGAUGAUAAUAUUGAACAAGGAAUUGAAUGUAUUAUGGAAUUAAUUGAUAGAAUGGAAAAAAUAUCAAAUAAAAAUUGGAAAAAUAUUUUAAGAUUAAAACAAAAAAUUCUUUUCAAAUUGGCUUAUAAAGAUUAUUCUCAAUCACAAACACGAAUUAUUGUUGCAAAAUUAAUUGUUCGAACAAUAACCGCUCUUCGAUCAGAUGAUCGUAUUUAUGCUAUUAAACGAUUAAUAAAUAAAUCAGAUCAUUCAAUUCUUCUUCUAGCUUAUGUUUUUCAUGAUUUAUUAAAUCUUGACGAAUCAAUUGAAAAUGAAAUAUUUAUUGAUUAUCUUCAGAAACUUAUUGAUGAUUAUUCAUCAGAAUCUAUUACGUUUGAUUUACUUCAUAUUUAUUGUCAAAAAAAUCUUAAUCAACAUGAAAAGAUUCUAAAAUUACUUCAAAAUGAUGAUAAUCAACAAGGCUUACCUAUAAAACAAACAAAUCAAUUAUUACUUAUCUUAAAAUUAUUUCCAGAAUCUAUAUUAAUAGCAGAAACAACUUAUAAAACUCUUGUUAAGAAAGCUGUACUCUUUUUUGAAUCAUCCAAUGAAAAUAAUCAAAAUAUUGAUGAAUGGUUAAUUUCUUUUGAACAAUGUGCUAAUCGUCUUCUAACUCAAACAACAUAUCAAAUUGAUUUAUAUGAUUUAAUUAAUCAUCUAUUAAAAUAUUUUACUACAUUUACUACAAAUUCAAUAAAUCUUUUAAAAACUCUUAUUGAAUUUUUUGUAUCUCGACAAUCAUUUGAUCAAAAACAUUUAUCAAAAUUAUUUGCAAAUUUUCUUAAACAUAAAAAUUUUCUUGAACAACUUUCAUCAUUUAAUCGUUCAUUAUUAGUUGAUAUACUUUCAUUAUUUGUAUCACAUUAUGAUUUCAAUCAAUCUUCAAUAACAAUUGAUUGUUCAAAACAUUUUCCAAUGUUAUUAUCAAUUUAUAAUCCAACAUUAUCAAAUAAUGAUCAACAUACAUUAGCUUGUAUGUAUACAUAUGAAAAAUAUGGUUAUUCAAUGAAAUCAGCUUUUAUUUGGGGUGAAGCUGCAUUAAAAUUAUAUAGUACAGCAAUAGAUACAAAAAAUAUUUUAUUACAAACAUCAAAAUUAGAACAAAUAAUGAAUUUAUUAGAUGAUAAAAUGAUGAUUAAAUCAAUUUUAUUUUAUCCAGUAAAAAGAAGAUUACGAACAAUUGAACCCCAAAUAUAUGAAAAAGGUGAUCAAAUUUAUGAUCCUGUUUAUUUAAUACCUGUUUUUUAUCAUUCACUUGGUCCAGAAUGUGUAGUAAAAUGUCAACAAUUUGUUGAAAAACAUUGUCUUGCUUAUUGUCUUAUGGCAUUAGGUUCACGAUGUGGUUUAUUACGAGCUGUUGUUUACAAUUGUCUUGCUCGUUUUGAACAACAUUUAAUAUCACAAAGAUUUUAUUGUAAAGAACAAAUAUUAACAAUGUUAACAUUAUUAAAACAAAGUAUAAAAAAACCAAAUUUAAAAUUAGCACCAAUUGUUUCAUUAUUUCUAUCGAAAUUAGUUGAUUUAUUUACUCAUCCAGAGUCAAAACUAUAUCGAACAAUAACAAGAUUUCUUCUUAAACAACCAUAUAUCGAUCUUGUUCAUAUUCCACUUUUUAGUGACCUUUUUCAUAGUUCAACAAUUGAAUAUAAAUAUGAACGUGGAUGGAUAUUAAAUUUAUUAAAACAUGGUAUAAAAGAUUCAAUUGAUUAUACAUUAUGUACAAAAGCAUAUGUAUUUAAAACAUUAAUGACAUUUUAUGAUUGUUCAUUAUGUGAUGAUUCAACAAAGCUUGAAAUUCUUAAUGUGUUUUAUUCUACAAGUAAACUUCAAGAUGUAUUAAUGUCACUUUUAUUUGAUUAUGGAUUUCUUCUAUGGUUACAAGUUAUUGUUAAAAAUUGUUCUAGUGAAAGUUUGAUGAUAUUAUCAUUGAUUAUUCAAAAUAUUGGUUUACGUUUAGUAUCAAUUGAUAAUCAAGUACAAUUAUUAGAAUUUGAUUGUCUUCUAAUUUUAUUCAUACGUCGAUUAAAAAAUGAAACAACGAUUACAUCAUCGACUGCCGAUAAUGUAAUAUCGACUUUAAUAAAAUAUCAAGGACGUUUAAAAUCAUCGAAAAAUUCUCUGGAUAUAAAACAGAUAAAACAUAUUGUUGAUUGUUCAACAAUAAUGAAGAAUACUUCGUUGUUAUCUUGUUUUUGUUAA